AUGCACCCUUUCGAUUGCGCUCAUCCGGCGGGACGAGGACGAGGGACCGCUCUGACGGAGGGCACUGGGUCGGUUCUCCGUGGCGCAGUUGCCAAGUUGAAAUCGAAUAGAUAUUAUAAGACACAAAACACAAUGCCGCGCUUCAAGACAAUCUUGGUGACGGGCGGUGCCGGGUACAUUGGGAGCCAUUGCGUUGUGGACCUCCUCGAGGCAGGGUAUGAGGUCGUAGCCAUAGACAACUUCGCGAACGCGGUGGGCGACGAAGGAGGGUCACCGGCACUGCAGCGGGCCGAAGAGAUAACCGGCAAAAGCAUCACCUUCUACAAAGCUGAUUUACUGGACAAGCCACAGAUAAACAAUAUCUUCGACAAGCAUCAAAUUGACUGCGUCAUCCAUUUCGCUGCACUGAAGGCCGUCGGUGAAUCAAUGCAACAGCCGCUCCUCUACUACCAAAACAAUCUAUUGGGAAUGCUUAACUUAUUGGAGGUAAUGAGGUCUCAUAACUGCUAUCAAAUGGUUUUCUCAUCGUCGUGCACUGUCUACGGCGAGCCGGAGAGUCUCCCCAUCACCGAGACCCACCCCACUGGGAGAAUCACAAACGUCUACGGCCGAACAAAGUACUUCAUAGAGGAGAUGCUCAAAGACCUCAGCGCUGCCGACGAGAAAUGGAACAUAAUAUCUCUGCGCUACUUCAACCCCGUCGGCGCGCAUCCGUCGGGGCUCAUCGGGGAAGACCCCACGAAGGAGUUCACCAACCUGAUGCCGUUCAUGGCGCAAGUGGCUUUGGGGAAGAAACCCGUUCUAACAGUAUUCGGCAACGACUACAACACGCCAGACGGAACCGGCAUUCGAGAUUAUAUCCACGUGAUGGACUUAGCGGGCGGCCACGUUGCCGCGUUGAAACUUUUGAAUGAGAACCAAGUCGGCCUUAAGGUGUAUAACUUGGGCACCGGCAUGGGGGUCUCUGUAAAACAGCUGGUGGACGUUUUUGAACGGGUGACCAGCACAAAGAUACCCCUGAAAUACGUGUCGCGGCGCUUGGGCGACAUCACGGCGAUGUGGGCCGACGCAACCCUUGCCAAGGAGGAACUCGGCUGGUCGACCAAACGCACCAUCGAGGAGAUGUGUAUCGAUUUUUGGAGGUGGCAGUCAAUGAACCCAGAUGGAUACCCAAAAAAGAACGUGAAGACAAAUGUUAUAAUUGCUAAUGGAAACAGU